AUGAAAUUAGCUGUCACGCAUUCACAUAAUCAUGGUGAUCAUGCAGCUGGUGGUGAACAAUUUCGACUAAAACCUUUUAUUACACUUGUAGGCGCGAGUGUUGACGAAAUGAGCGAAUUCUUUCAAUUAGACAACUGGCCACAUGAAAUUGGAGUGUUUGUCUUAGGAAAUCAACGUCAUUUAGCGGUUAUUUUCAUUGCAGAGUAUGAAAGAGCAUCUCUUAAUUUUUAUGACUGCUUAACUGGUUUGUUGUUCACAGGCGAUUCGUUCUAUUCGAGUCGUUUGUAUAUUUCUAAUUUCAUUGCAUACUUUCAGUCUAUAUCAUUAUUAAUCGAUUUUAUUCAGUCGAAUCAUGUCGGAACCGCAUUUAGUCUUAGCACUCAGAUUGAAAUGACGAACACAUCUCAAAUCAACUAUCCUACAGGAACAACUUAUCAACCGAACGAACGUAUAUUGCCAGUAUCCAUUCAACAAUUGUAG